GUCAAAGCAGUAUAAAAUAACAGUUAUAACAAUUUGUUUGGGCUUCAUCGACGAUUUUGUGUGAAAAUGAGUGAUGUGUCAUUUAAAGGGGAUCGCUUUAUGGAUCGAGACAAAUUAAAGUUGAUUCUAUUCGAUUGGCUAAAGGAAAAAGGAAUUAUGGGAGAACUACAAUCAUUUCUUCGAAUGAGGAUGGUUGAAAAACUUCAAAAAACUGAACUGGGAUCAACUUCAAAACAAGUGAAAUUCUCACCAAAGGAUGACGCCAUUAAUGUUAUGAUUUAUGAAUACCUCAAGCAUCACAAAAUGUUCUACACUUCAUCUGUUUUUGCCAGUGAGUGCUUAUCUAUCCAACAGUCCAGUCCCCAAUAUCUGGACAAGUGUGAGUGGAAAGACCUCUUAAAUUCCUUGGGUGUAACAAGUGAUAACAUGGUACCUAUUAAUGAUGGGAAAACAUGUUUGCUCAACUGGGUAGUGGAUGCUUUUGGCAAGAUAUCCAGAAAGACCUAUGAAAGUAAAUCUUGUCAAUGCACUGACGAGUCUUCUAAGAAACUGCUCUUGAACGCGCAAUCGCAGACACUAGACGUUGAUGAGAAGAUUUUAAGGACGCAGUUUGUCCAAACUCUUCCAGCUGUUAGUUUAGCUGAAACGCAAACGGAUGAGAAUUGCCUGUCUUUCCAACGCAUGUCAACAGACUUGAAUGACGAGAUAACCAAACUGCAAAACAAAUUGGGGAAAUCUCAAUCUGCUCUUGAGAUGUGCAAAUUGAAGUUACAAGAUUCAGAAGACAAAAUCGAUUACCUCCUAAACCACAAAAACGAUCGCGUCAUCGUAGAAGAUAAUACGUUGACAAAGACGCAACAUGCUCCUCCUGUUCCACAUCAAAAUGGGCGCAACCGAGUCGUGUGCCAGAAAAGAAUUCAAGAAGCGUUUCGUUUCCUCAAUCAUCUAGAUGGUCGUCUUCAGUUUUUGGAUCAAAAGUAUCACAGCGUCACUGCCCGAAAGAACAGUCAUGAUAACUUACGAUUCUUACCCGAUUCCAACAUUUCUCCUGUGUAGUUUUUCUACAAUCUACAAAUAGUUUUG